UUUUCUGUUGGUGCUCUCUUUUGGGACUGAAGUGUAUGGUAUUUUAGCGAAGGCGAAGGUUCGAAUAUGAGUAAGCUUCAGAGUGAUGCGUUGAGAGAAGCUAUCACAUCUAUCUUCUCUGAUAGCAAUGAGAAAAAGAGGAAAUUUACCGAGACCAUUGAACUUCAGAUCGGGCUGAAGAACUAUGACCCUCAAAAGGAUAAGCGUUUCAGUGGUUCUGUGAAGUUGCCCCACAUUCCCCGUCCGAAGAUGAAGAUUUGCAUGCUUGGAGAUGCAUUGCACGUUGAGGAGGCCGAGAAGAUUGGUUUAGAUUAUAUGGAUGUGGAGGGCUUGAAGAAGCUUAAUAAGAACAAGAAAUUGGUGAAGAAACUUGCCAAAAAGUACCAUGCCUUCUUGGCAUCUGAAGCUGUAAUCAAGCAGAUCCCUCGUCUUCUAGGACCUGGGCUCAACAAAGCAGGAAAGUUCCCAACAUUGGUGACACACCAAGAAUCGCUCGAAUCCAAAGUUAACGAGACCAAGGCAAUGGUCAAGUUUCAAUUGAAGAAGGUGCUUUGCAUGGGAGUUGCAGUGGGAAAUGUUUCCAUGGAGGAGAAGCAAGUCUUCCAAAACGUGCAAAUGAGUGUCAAUUUCCUGGUUUCUUUGUUGAAGAAGAACUGGCAGAAUGUUAGGUGCCUGUACCUGAAGAGCACAAUGGGGAAGUCGUACCGAGUUUUCUAAGCUCUGUUAGUGAUCUAGUCAGUCUUGUGUUCGAUCUUUCUACUGUUGAAGUUAUUUUUUGAAGAGCAGUUUUGCGAAUUGAGCGUUUUUUUAAUGAUCAUUGAACAAAGAAACAGGGAUGCUUUUUUCUCCUCUAAAGUGACUAUUGAUAAUGAAGUUUUCAAUUCCUCCAUGACCGACAUGAACAUUCAUUUACUUUCGCUUCGGUUUAUGGUAUUAGAGUUGUUGGGUUCUUUCUUAAUGGGUUAA